GUCCCGGCCACCCCCGCCCGCGUGGCCCCAGAGCCGCUGGAAACCGAGGACAAGCCCCCUACCUCCUUCCGAAUCCUGCCCCUUCCGCACCCCCCACCCCCAGCCAACACGAGGAGUGUUUGCUGCUGUGAGAUCACCUGCUCCCCACACCCAACAACAAAAUUAAAUAACACCAUGGGAGGGAAGAGAGGGAGGGGGAGGAGGGAGGAAGGGACGGGAGAGAAGAGAGACUGAAACUGGGAGAAGAGGCAGGAGAGGAGGAGGUGGGGAGAGCACGAAGCUGGAGGCCGACACAGAGAGAGGGCGGGAGGAGGUGAAGAAGGAGAGAGGGGAGAAGAGGCAGGAGCUGGAAAGGAGAGAGGGAGGAGAAGGAGAUGCUGGAUGGAGACCUGGAGUUAGGUGGCUUGGGAGAGCUUAAUGAAAAGAGAACGGAGAGGGGGUGUGGGUUAGGAACCAAGAGGUAGCCCUGGGGGCAGCAGAAGGCUGAGAGGGGUAGGAAGAUCAGGAGCUAGAGAGAGACUCGAGGGUUCCGGGAAAAGAGGAGAGGAAAGAGGAAAGGCACAGAGAGACGGGAGAGGAGUGGGUUUGAAGAGGGGGGGUCUCAGUCCCUGGCUGCUCUGGCAUUUGGGGAACUGGGACUCCCUGUGGGGAGGAGAGGAAAGCUGGAAGUCCUGGAGGGACAGGGUCCCAGAAGGAGGGGACAGAGGAGCUGAGUGGGGGGGCAGGGCGUUGGGCAGGGGUCCCUCGGAGGCCUCCUGGGGAUGGGGGCUGCAGCUCGUCUGAGCGCCCCUCGAGCGCUGGUACUCUGGGCUGCACUGGGGGCAGCAGCUCACAUCGGACCAGCACCUGACCCCGAGGACUGGUGGAGCUACAAGGAUAAUCUCCAGGGAAACUUCGUGCCAGGGCCUCCUUUCUGGGGCCUGGUGAAUGCAGCAUGGAGUCUGUGUGCGGUGGGGAAGCGACAGAGCCCCGUGGAUGUGGAGCUGAAGAGGGUUCUUUAUGACCCCUUUCUGCCCCCAUUAAGGCUCAGCACUGGAGGAGAGAAGCUCCGGGGAACCUUGUACAACACCGGCCGACAUGUCUCCUUCCUGCCUGCACCCCGACCUGUGGUCAAUGUGUCUGGGGGUCCCCUCCUUUAUAGCCACCGACUCAGUGAACUGCGGCUGCUGUUUGGAGCUCGCGACGGAGCCGGCUCCGAACAUCAGAUCAACCACCAGGGCUUCUCUGCUGAGGUGCAGCUCAUUCACUUCAACCAGGAACUCUACGGGAAUUUCAGCGCUGCCUCCCGAAGCCCCAAUGGCCUGGCCAUUCUCAGCCUCUUUGUCAACGUGGCUGGUAGCUCUAACCCAUUCCUCAGUCGCCUCCUUAACCGCGACACCAUCACCCGCAUCUCCUACAAGAAUGACGCCUACUUUCUUCAAGACCUGAGCCUGGAGCUCCUGUUCCCAGAGUCCUUCGGCUUUAUCACCUAUCAGGGCUCUCUCAGCACCCCGCCCUGCUCCGAGACUGUCACCUGGAUCCUCAUCGACCGGGCCCUCAAUAUCACCUCCCUCCAGAUGCACUCCCUGAGACUCCUGAGCCAGAAUCCUCCAUCCCAGAUAUUCCAGAGCCUCAGCGGUAAUGGCCGGCCCCUGCAGCCUUUGGCCCACAGGGCACUGAGGGGCAACAGGGACCCCCGGCACCCCGAGAGGCGCUGCCGAGGCCCCAACUACCGCCUGCAUGUCGUACUACUCUACGCUGUUCCACAAUCUGAUGCUCCUUUCCCCCUUACUGAGAAUCUACAACUGCCUCCCUGUGGUUCAGCCCAGGGAUCUCACACCCCCCGGCUUCGCAACAUGUGGAUGGUGCCCCCCAUGGUCGCUGAGACUCCCCUUCGAGUAUUGCACCCGCCCGUCCUAAGCCUCCCCACACGGCUAGGGGAGUUACUCCUAAAACAAAGCUAUUAAAGGGACAGAACACUUCUUGUU